AUGGCUCCAAUUGUCCCGUUGCGCACUAUGGCGAUGUUCAUGGGGCCCUCGAGAAGGGCAUUCCCCUGCACAGUCUGCUCAUGGAGGAGGCAUCUCAGCACCUCGCGUCCAUUCCUCGCCGACAAGUCUCCGGCGCCGGCACCGGCACCGGACGCCGCCCCUUCAGAGCCGGUGAAGCCCGACCUCCCCGGAUCAGCCAUCCACGCGCCGCGAGCGUACGGAAAGAGGGUCAAAGACUUCACGCCUCAGCCCCUGCCGCGACCUAUCGGCAUGGCACACCCGCCGCACCCGGAGGACAACUCGGGGGUCGACAGAAGGUCGCUGAAGCAGCGGAGGGACGACUUUGUGGACUACGACAAGCAUCUCGUGCGCCGCAAGGAGCUAAAGGAAAAGAUGGCCCGCCCCUACUUCCGUGAUUGGGGUAACAUGCAGUUCCACGAGGGUAAAUCCUUCAUCGCACCCCCGCUGCCCUUCAAGGCCGACGUGUCCCUCUUUUUCCCCAACUUCGUGGGCGAAACCCUCCAGAAAAGCGCCAAUAACCCGCGCGACACGACGCGCACGCUGCUCGGCAAGCUGUCCGUCGUCGCUGUGUACAGCAGCCAGUGGGCCGACGACCAGGCAAAGACCUUCAUCUCGCCCGAGGCGAACCCGGCGCUCCACGAGCUCCUGGCCAAGACCCAGAAUAAGACGCAAAUUGUGCAGCUCAACAUCGAGGACAACAAGUUCAAGGCAUGGAUCGUCAAGCUCUUUAUGGGCAACCUGCGCAAGCAGAUCCCGGAGCACCGCUGGGGCAAGUACUUUCUCGUGCCGCGCGGCAUCACCAACGAGAUCAGCGAGUCCAUUGGCUACCUCAACAGCAAGGUCGGCUACAUUUACCUCGUCGACAGCCUGUGCAGGAUACGGUGGGCCGCCAGCGGUCCCGCCCACCCGGACGAGAGGGACAGCUUGGUCAAGGGCAUGAAGCUCGUUCUUCAUGAGUGGAACAAGGCCGAGAAGAAGGUGGCACUGGAAGCUGCGAAGACCAAGGAGGCAGCGAGCGAUGAGAAGGAGAAGUAG